ACAACAAGAUCGAGAAAUAUCACACUUAGACGAAGAAGAAGAAGACGACGAUACAGAUCCACAACGCCAUGGGUUUAGGCAUCUUAGCUUCUCGAACCAUUCGACCAGCUUCUCGUCUUCUUCAAUCCCAAUCCUCCAAUUUCUUCCUCCGCUCCAUCGUCACCAAACCGGAGCUCCAAUCUCCUGAAUCCGCCGCCGUCUCUGAGCCUGAGCCGCCGACGCAGAUUAUCCCUCCGAGGAACCCAAUAGGCGGAGCACGCGUCCAUUUCUCGAAUCCUGAGGAUGCGAUCGAGGUCUUUGUUGAUGGUCACGCGGUCAAAGUCCCUAAAGGAUUCACAGUUCUUCAGGCUUGUGAGGUCGCCGGAGUUGAUAUCCCGAGGUUUUGUUAUCAUUCUCGUUUGUCGAUUGCUGGAAAUUGCAGGAUGUGUCUUGUUGAGGUCGAGAAAUCUCCCAAGCCUGUGGCGUCGUGUGCCAUGCCCGCGCUUCCCGGGAUGAAGAUUAAGACUGACACACCAAUAGCAAAGAAGGCGAGGGAAGGAGUGAUGGAGUUUUUGUUGAUGAAUCAUCCACUGGAUUGCCCUAUAUGUGACCAGGGAGGAGAAUGUGAUCUUCAGGAUCAGUCUAUGGCUUUUGGAUCUGACAGAGGCCGUUUCACGGAGAUGAAAAGAUCUGUUGUUGAUAAAAACCUCGGUCCUCUUGUGAAGACUGUUAUGACUCGGUGUAUUCAGUGUACAAGGUGUGUUCGAUUUGCUUCAGAAGUUGCUGGGGUUGAGGAUCUUGGUAUGUUAGGUCGUGGUAGUGGAGAAGAAAUUGGAACUUAUGUUGAAAAGCUUAUGACCAGUGAACUCUCUGGAAACGUUAUAGACAUCUGUCCCGUGGGAGCCUUGACCUCAAAGCCCUUUGCCUUUAAAGCCAGAAACUGGGAGUUGAAAGCAACAGAAACUAUUGAUGUUAGUGAUGCUGUCGGGUCCAACAUCCGUGUUGAUAGUAGAGGACCAGAAGUGAUGCGUAUCAUUCCACGCCUUAAUGAGGAAAUUAACGAAGAAUGGAUAUCUGACAAAACCCGAUUCUGUUAUGACGGCCUGAAAAGACAAAGGCUUAGCGACCCUAUGAUCCGAGAUUCUGAUGGACGAUUCAAGGCAGUGAGCUGGCGUGAUGCCUUGGCUGUUGUGGGUGAUGUCAUUCAUCAGGUGAAGCCAGAUGAGAUUGUUGGAGUAGCAGGUCAGCUAUCCGAUGCAGAAUCCAUGAUGGUAUUGAAGGACUUUGUAAAUAGAAUGGGUUCAGACAAUGUCUGGUGUGAAGGAACAGCUGUUGGUGCUGACGCUGAUCUUAGGUACAGUUAUUUGAUGAACACUAGCAUCAGUGGCCUUGAGAACGCCGAUCUCUUCCUUCUAAUUGGUACUCAGCCUAGGGUUGAAGCUGCUAUGGUGAAUGCAAGGAUCUGCAAGACAGUCCGUGCAUCGAAAGCCAAGGUUGGAUACGUUGGUCCACCUACAGAGUUUAACUACGACUGCAAACAUCUCGGGACUGGGCCUGAUACUCUAAAGGAAAUUGCUGAGGGACGACACCCAUUCUGUACAGCUCUCAAGAACGCCAAAAACCCUGCAAUCAUUGUUGGUGCUGGGCUCUUUAACAGAACUGAUAAAAAUGCUAUCCUCUCUUCUGUUGAAUCCAUUGCACAAGCCAACAAUGUUGUCCGAUCAGACUGGAACGGUCUCAACUAUCUCCUUCUGUAUGCUGCUCAAGCGGCUGCACUUGAUCUCGGUCUCAUUCAACAGUCCGCCAAAGCCCUUGAGUCUGCAAAAUUCGUCUACUUGAUGGGAGCAGACGAUGUAGAUGUUGACAAGAUUCCUAAAGACGCCUUCGUGGUUUACCAAGGCCACCAUGGAGACAAAGCUGUUUACCGUGCAAAUGUAAUUCUCCCUGCAUCAGCCUUCACCGAGAAAGAAGGAACCUACGAAAACACAGAAGGAUUUACUCAACAGACUGUUCCCGCUGUUCCAACCGUUGGUGAUGCAAGAGAUGACUGGAAGAUUGUGAGAGCAUUAUCCGAGAUCUCGGGUGUGAAACUUCCAUACAACUCAAUUGAAGGUGUUCGAUCAAGAAUCAAGAGCGUCGCACCAAAUCUCGUCAACACAGAUGAGCGAGAGCCAGCUGCUUUUGGGCCUUCAUUGAAGCCUGAGUGCAAGGAGACAAUGAGCACAACACCGUUCCAACCCGCGGUUGAGAACUUUUACAUGACAAACUCGAUCACAAGAGCAUCAAAGAUCAUGGCGCAGUGCAGUGCCGUACUCUUGAAGAAGUGAGAGCUUUUUAAAAUUGUUACGUCUUCACAUUUUUUUUUCAUCAUUUGCAAAAAUAAAGGUACUGGUUCUUCGUUUGCUAUCCUCUUUACCGAGACCUUUUGUUUAAGCCUGAGUAUGUAUCGCUGGAUCUCGGUUUAUAGCUUGCGCUGAGAUCUAUAAGCAAUUUGCAAUAAGCACAUUGUUAGAUACGAAACAUUGCAGUGUUAAUUGGAUGCUUUGUGGCAUCUUGUAUUAUUCUUAGUAGGACUCUUUAGAUUGCAUUUGCAUUAGAUGAA